AUGUGCUAUUACUAUUCAUCAAGUGGUCGGCACAGUUUACGACGAAUAAUUUCAGUUGUUUUUAUUGUAUUAUCGGCACUGGAUAACGUCUCUAAUGAGCAAAGUGUCAAAGAUCAAGAAGGAUUAGUGGAAUGUCACCAGUGUUUUACACACUGUAAAACGCUUGCGAGUAAUCGUUUUGAUACGAGUAAUUGUGAGUGUGGUGAUGAUGGUGAUAUGACGAGGAGUGGAGAUUAUAGUGGUGAUAUUAAUGUUUUGUUGAGUAAUAAUAACGAUGCUCAUCGUAUUCGUGGUGGUGGUGCAGAAGCUGCUGCUGCUGCUGCGGCGCAAUCCGUAUCCAAAAAUAAAUGCCUAGCGAAAGCAUGUUUUGCAAAAAUUGAGAUAUUUACACAUGAGAAAACGGCUAUUUUACAGGUAAAAAUCAGCUAA